UUUUUACCCCCCUUUUUUAUUUAUUAUUUUUUUGCACAUUGAUCGGAUCCUUGGGAACGAGAGAAAAAAGAAACCCAAACUCACGCGUGCAGAAGAUCUCCCCCCCUUCCCCUCCCCUCCUCCCUCUUUUCCCCUCCCCAGGAGAAAAAGACCCCCAAGCAGAAAAAAAAAAGUUCACCUUGGACUCGUCUUUUUCUUGCAAUAUUUUUUUUGGGGGGGGCCAAAACUUUUUUGGGGUGAUUUUUUUUUUUUUUUUGGCUUUUCUUCCUCCUUCAUUUUUCUUCCAAAAUUGCUGCUGGUGGGUGAAAAAAAUGCCGCAGCUGAACGGCGGUGGAGGGGAUGACCUAGGCGCCAACGACGAACUGAUCUCCUUCAAAGACGAGGGCGAGCAGGAGGAGAAGAGCUCCGAAAACUCCUCGGCAGAGAGGGAUUUAGCUGAUGUCAAAUCGUCUCUAGUCAAUGAAUCAGAAACGAAUCAAAACAGCUCCUCCGAUUCCGAGGCGGAAAGACGGCCUCCGCCUCGCUCCGAAAGUUUCCGAGAUAAAUCCCGGGAAAGUUUGGAAGAAGCGGCCAAGAGGCAAGAUGGAGGGCUCUUUAAGGGGCCACCGUAUCCCGGCUACCCCUUCAUCAUGAUCCCCGACCUGACGAGCCCCUACCUCCCCAACGGAUCGCUCUCGCCCACCGCCCGAACCUAUCUCCAGAUGAAAUGGCCACUGCUUGAUGUCCAGGCAGGGAGCCUCCAGAGCAGACAAGCCCUCAAGGAUGCCCGGUCCCCGUCGCCAGCACACAUCGUGUCGAACAAAGUGCCAGUGGUGCAGCACCCUCACCAUGUCCACCCCCUCACGCCUCUUAUCACGUACAGCAACGAACACUUCACCCCGGGAAACCCACCUCCACACUUACCAGCCGACGUAGACCCCAAAACAGGAAUCCCACGGCCUCCGCACCCUCCAGAUAUAUCUCCGUAUUACCCGCUAUCACCCGGCACCGUAGGACAAAUCCCCCAUCCGCUAGGAUGGUUAGUACCACAGCAAGGUCAGCCAGUGUACCCAAUCACGACAGGAGGAUUCAGACAUCCCUACCCCACAGCUCUGACUGUCAACGCUUCCAUGUCCAGGUUCCCUCCCCAUAUGGUCCCACCUCAUCAUACUCUGCACACGACCGGCAUUCCCCAUCCGGCCAUAGUCACACCGACAGUCAAACAGGAAUCCUCCCAGAGUGACGUCGGCUCACUCCAUAGCUCAAAGCAUCAGGACUCCAAAAAGGAAGAAGAAAAGAAGAAGCCCCACAUAAAGAAACCUCUUAACGCAUUCAUGUUGUAUAUGAAGGAAAUGAGAGCAAAGGUCGUAGCUGAGUGCACAUUGAAAGAGAGCGCGGCCAUCAACCAGAUCCUCGGGCGAAGGUGGCAUGCACUGUCCAGAGAAGAGCAAGCCAAAUACUACGAGCUGGCCCGGAAGGAGCGACAGCUUCACAUGCAGCUGUAUCCCGGCUGGUCCGCGAGGGAUAACUAUGGGAAGAAGAAGAAGAGGAAAAGGGACAAGCAGCCGGGAGAGACCAAUGAACACAGCGAAUGUUUCCUAAAUCCUUGCCUUUCACUUCCUCCGAUUACAGACCUGAGCGCUCCUAAGAAAUGCCGAGCGCGCUUUGGCCUUGAUCAACAGAAUAACUGGUGCGGCCCUUGCAGGAGAAAAAAAAAGUGCGUUCGCUACAUACAAGGUGAAGGGAGCUGCCUCAGCCCACCCUCUUCAGAUGGAAGCUUACUAGACUCGCCUCCUCCCUCCCCCAACCUGCUAGGCUCCCCUCCCCGCGACGCCAAGUCACAGACUGAGCAGACCCAGCCUCUGUCGCUCACCCUGAAGCCCGACCCCCUGGCCCACCUGUCCCUGAUGCCGCCGCCGCCCGCCCUCCUGCUCGCCGAGGCCGCCCACGGCAAGGCCUCCGCCCUCUGCCCCAACGGGGCCCUGGACCUGCCCCCCGCCGCCCUGCCGCCGCCCCUGCCUUCGCCCCUGCCGCCCGCCGGCCCCUCGGCGCCGCUGGCGCAGCCGUCGACCUCUUCCUUACAUUCCCACGGCGCCCUGGCCGCGCCCCAGCCCCAGCCGCUCUCCCUGGUCACCAAGUCUUUAGAGUAGCUCUCGCGUCGCCGGCCCUUGCUCUGUGUAGUGUCUGUGCCGCUCUUUCUUUGCGCCCUCCCCCACCUUCGAAAGGUUUCGUUUUGUACUCU